AUGGCCUCAGUUGGCGUGCCAAUCAAGAUUCUGCAUGAAGCUGAGGGUCAUAUCGUGUCAUUGGAGACGACUACUGGAGAGGUGUACCGUGGCAAGCUGCUCGAGGCUGAAGACAAUAUGAAUUGCCAACUGACCGAUGUCGUCGUGACGUUCCGGGACGGACGAUCGCAUCAACUCGAAAAUGUGUUCGUCCGCGGCUCCAAAAUCCGCUUCAUGGUGCUGCCAGAUAUGUUGAAGAAUGCUCCGAUGUUCAAAAACAUUGGACGCGCGCAAAAGGGAGCGGUUGGUAUGGGUCUCGGUGGAAUUGAGCAGCAGCGAGGUGGUGGCCGCGGACGCGGGACUUCUUUCAGACGUCCGACCGGUGCUCGCGGUGGUCCACGAGGAAUGUCUAGGCCCGGUGGCCCCUUCCGCGGC